AAAGAUUAUUGUACACAUUUAUUUGUAUUCUAAUUAAAAAUGAAGUCCUUUUCAGUAAUCUGCAUGGUUUUACUUUUUGGACCCACUUUUUCUUUGAACGAUACCAAGCAUACCCACGUUAAAAGUUGUGCAGAAGGUGGACAGUUACCAGUAGUAGAUAUAGUAACUAACGGCGUGCUAUGCGUAAAACCUCCUUGUAUAGUGAUACCUGGAACAGAAGCUACACUAUCAAUAAAUUUUACAUCACCUGAUUACGUACCGUCUAUUACACCAAAAUUUGUAGCUACAUAUGCAGGAGCUAAUAUACCCUAUUCAACAGGCCAGAAAGAUGCUUGUGAAUAUAUAAACAACACUGCGUGUCCUUUGGGUGAAGGUGAAUUUGUUACUUAUGUUUAUGGAUUGAAAAUUCAGAGCUGGUUCCCAUCGGUAUCUGUUGGCCUGGAAGUAUCGUUUAUCAAUGACUACGAUAAUGUGGUUAUAGUAUGCUUUUCAGUAAAUCUUCAAGUGAAGUCUGGAUAGAAUGAAAUUAUUAUUAUAUUAUUAACAAGAUUCUACCUUUGUAUCAACAUUUAUAGUUAUAAAAGUACUUUAAGUUUAUCCAGUUCUGUUAAACUCUUUGCUCAAAUCAGUAGUUAUUCUACUGGUAGUGAAUUAACUAUAUGGCAAGUAUAAGUACAACGACAAGAUCAAUGUGCGUCUUACAAACAGUAAGAUAGUUGGAGUUUGUUAUUUACUGCGUUCGGUUAUGUAAAUCUGAUGACUUGGAUUGUGCAGUAUUGUUCGCCAUUACAAUUUAUUUUGAUCUCCCUGAUCAGUUCGCGUUCGGUUAUAUCAAUUUUGUGCUCUCUGAGUAAGAUCUCUUUGCUCCGAAUCUUUAAAGAGAGCUCCUAGAUUUGUUUCGACUUUUGACAUUUUUAUGCUUAUCAAUUACCAAUUUUAUUCGAUAGUUAUUUGUACAUAUGUAUUGUGUGUAAAUAAAAAAUAGCCUUUAAUCGUAAUGCAUAAAAACUGACAGUGUAAUAUCACCUCCAUGUCACGAAUUGGUUCCGUAUACAGCGAAUAAGCAUUUAAAAUAUCAGUUUGUGUACUUUUAUCAAAUUCCAUACUUUACUAGUUACUGUACUGAUCAGCUGACUUCAUUUAUCUUAUGUUAAGUCUUUUUUCGGUAUUCGUUUACUGUUUGCAAUUACUACAAUCAAUGCGUACAACAAAGAUCACGUGAUACAAAUCGCUCUCUGCUCGCUCUGUUCCGCGAACAACAUUACCGAACGCAACGUUGUCAAGCUUACACUCGGAGUUUGCAGUAAAUAAUAACAGUAUGAAUCGAUCAAGGCGUCUUUGAUCGUUAAAUUAUAGACUUUCGUGUUACUGAAAAUAAAUUUACAGCUGCGUACCAAUCUAUGCGAGUAAAAUUGCUCAAGUGAGUAAAAUGACAUCUAACGGGCUAUGCGCUCAGUCUGGACGUGUUUGUUAAAGCAAAUAGUUGUGCCACUUUUCAACGUACUGAUUAGAAAUUUGUAUGAUCAGCUGGAUCGACGAUUUUCGCGCACGAACACAUGUAUUGUUUGUUUCAUUUUUCUCCAACUCACGAGUGUUUGUGCGCCCACCAAUACUCAGGUGAGUAUGCAAUUUAAGAAUUCAAAGAAGAUUAGCUGGGUAAACAAUAAGAAAAAAAAUUGGAUGGAAAACCACGACGUAAAAUAUCUCAGUUUAAAUUAUUUAAGAAAAACGAUGUCAAGCUAGAGGCAGAUCUAUUUGCAAUAUAGGUAUAUUCUAGUUAGUUAAUGCAGAAUUGUUGGAGUGCCAAUACUAACAAUAGCUUUUGAAUAGUAAUUUUAUGAAGACAAUUUACUUUUAUAAAUUUAAUCUCUAUUUAGGAAGUCAUUAUUAUCUCACAUGCCAAAGAAAUAAUUAUCUAUUAUAAUAUUUAUAACACUGUGAUGUUUUUCUUGUUAAUCUAUACGAUUUCUAUUCGUGAGGUCAAUUAAUAGACACUGUCUCUUACGUUC